AUGUCCAUGAACUCCAGCAACACCAACCAAGUUGCAUCAAAUGAACUUGAGACUAUGCUCAAACUUUCUGAGCUUUACCAAGCAGGCUUCAAGAUGGACGAUGCUAUUGUGGAGGUGCAGAGGAGCUCUCCAAGCUGUAAGGCAUACAUGGUGGAUGUAGCUUUCUUUUGUAGAAUGUUCACAGGAGGGUCAACAUUCCCCUUGCUCAGAUGCUUAGACAUGUUCUGUAAAUCCUGUGGCCACAACCUCUUGAUUGGUGAAGAGAUGAUGAAUCACCUUGCCCACUAUGAUUUUAAAAUCUCUGGCCAGACCAUGGUGCUGACAAGGUUUGCAUUGGCAGCAUGCAUCCUAACAUCCAGAAAACACCAAGAUGGCAUUAGCAAGCUCAUCUACAAGUCAGACCUGGACAAACUGAAGAACAAAGAUAGCACCAGGAAGUUGGAUGAUAUGCUCCAUUCUCUGUGGACAGAAGCCCAGAAGGUAUCAAACACAGAGCUUGCCUACAUUGCCUUUGGCAAGGCAGCUGUCAGAAUGACACUGCAUGCCCUAAGCAAACAGAAGAUUGCCAAACAGGAGUCCUAUGACAGCUUUGAAGAGAUUGUAGAACAGUUUCAAGCUGAUUUGGUGUCACCUGCCAGCAGCACUGUGAAGGCUACCAGUGCUUCUGCAGUGUCCACAGAUGAGACUUCAGUGCAAGACCUUGUCAACUGCAGCAGCCAAACUGUUGCCUUGUUCCAAAACAAUCACAUUAAGCUCAAUGAAAAGUACACUUGCCCUUCCCAGUAUGAGGACAAAAUCUUCAUCCUCAAGAGCAUUGAUGACACAGGAGCCCAUUUUGAGCACUCUCCUUUGUUUGGUGACCCUUUGAAGCAUUGCCAAGACUUGGCAUCCUUGAAACAGUGGAAGCAUACCAAAAGGGAGACUACUCAGCUCUGCCCUCCAGCUCUAUGUGCACAGAGAAUGGCCUACAACUUUCCAAGCAUGCAGAAGGAGGCAGACAAGAUGUAUGUGAAUGCAAUCCUGAUGGAAGCCUACAUGACCAACAAACUCAAAGAAGAUGAUAUGGUGAGCUUCACUUUGCACCCCAACAAUUUGGUGCUGAUGAAGAAAGCAAAAAAGAAAGAACUCAGAUUCUUUCCUGCUGGCACUUGCACAGCAGUACCAGAGAAGGAUCUGGAAAAGAUAGUGGAGAAGAACAAAGCCACUUUGGUAUGGUACAAGAACAAGCCUUUCAAUGUUCAGCCUUUCAAAGCUGUGACCAGCUUGGAGAAGCCUGAGAAUGGCAUCUUUUGCCCAUUCUUUUGGGCAAAGGCUUCAGAAGAAGCUAGUGAGAUCAACCUGGCUACAGGUUGGGUGGACUUCAAACAGCUGAAGAUCCCAGUGCUGGAGAAUCCUGAUGGCAUCAGCCCUCAGACCCUGCUCUUCAAAUCUACUGAAGAGCACUUGGAACUUGAACCACCUGCCAAAAAGGCAAAGUCUGGCUGA